AUGCCUGGAAGGACUCUGCCAACGUUUACCUCCACCGAGGUCAAGUCUCACAAUAAUGCCAAAUCUUGCUAUGUGACUCUAGGAUCCAGAGUGUACGACAUUACCUCUUUUGUCGAUGAUCAUCCUGGUGGCGGUGAUUUGAUCCUCGAGUAUGCUGGGAAAGAUGUCGAAGAAAUUCUGCGCGAUGCUGUCUCUCACGAACACUCGGAAGCAGCCUACGACAUUCUAGAGGACAGUCUGAUUGGUUUCAUUGCCUCUGAUUCGACUGGCAAAGGUGAAAGCAUAGAUGGCGCUAAGACAAAUGGCGUAGGAGGAACAUCGGGCCCAGUAUAUGCCGCAACUGGAAUGUCCCGCGAAGAAGAUCUAUCUAUUGAGACAGACUACUCCAAGGAUUAUAAGAUGCACAAAUUCUUAGAUCUCAACAAGCCUCUCCUUAUGCAGCUCUGGAACGGUGGCUUCAGCAAAGAGUUCUACUUACAACAGAUCCACCGUCCGCGCCAUUACAAAGGAGGAGAAUCGGCUCCUCUCUUUGGAAACUUCCUGGAGCCACUGAGCAAGACUGCGUGGUACGUGGUUCCCAUGAUAUGGCUGCCACCUGUUACCUACGGUACCGUGCUCGGGUUUGCUGGGCUGGGGAAUGCGUCUACUGCAGCUGCCUAUUGGACUAGUGGCCUUUUCCUGUGGACUUUGAUCGAAUACCUUCUGCAUAGAUUCCUGUUCCAUCUUGACCGAUAUCUUCCUGAUAACCGGGUUGGCUUGACCCUCCAUUUCCUGUUACACGGCAUUCAUCACUAUCUACCUAUGGACAAAUACCGACUUGUGAUGCCACCAACGCUGUUUGUUGUCCUCGCUACACCGUUUUGGAAGCUGGCGCAUACUGUCUUCUUCUAUGAUUGGUACGCCGCCUUAACAGUAUUUUGUGGCGGUGUAUUCGGUUAUAUAUGUUAUGACUUGACCCAUUAUUUCCUCCAUCAUCGCAAUCUUCCACUCUACUAUAAGGGGCUCAAGAAGUACCACCUUCAACAUCAUUUUGCCGACUUCGACAAUGGUUUCGGUGUCACCAGCCGGUUUUGGGACCGUAUUUUCGGUACUGAGCUUGAAACACCGGCACCUAAGGAUGUGAAGACACAGUGA